GUUCUCGAUUGUAAUCGUAUCGAUCAGACAGCGAGUAUUGUGUGUAUAGCUGUGUAGUGAUACUCGCGUAGAUUAUUUGUUAAGGGCAAUAAACUUGCGUUAAUGUGAAUCAAAAUUAUAUUAUUGUAGGAAGUCAAUUUGAGUUCGAUGACUAAUCGAGGAAAUUACGAUAUUAAAUUUGAUGUCUGCUCUGUAACGUGUUGUGUCAGCCAUAUUAGAUUCAUUACUCCUUUGGCUCACUAAGCCUCAGUCAGUGAUUUAACAUUUUAUACGAAGUGGGUUCUUUAAGUUUUUUGAUUAAUUACUAAAGUGAACUUAAAACAACAAUUGGUGUGCCAAUUACUCGUUCUGGUGAUUUGUUGUGAAGUUCCCCAUUUGAAAGGAAGCAGUUCGAGCGAGCGAGAUGAGCUUCCUAUUCGGGGGGCGAUCAUCCAAGACGUUUAAACCUAAGAAAAAUAUUCCAGAGGGUACUCAUCAAUAUGACUUGAUGAAACAUGCUGCUGCAACAUUGGGUUCAGGGAAUCUAAGGUUAGCUGUUAUGUUACCUGAAGGGGAAGAUUUGAACGAGUGGGUAGCUGUGAACACUGUUGAUUUUUUCAAUCAAAUCAAUAUGUUGUAUGGCACAAUCACCGAAUUUUGUACAGAAGAAAGUUGCCCAAUUAUGUCAGCUGGUCCAAAAUAUGAAUAUCAUUGGGCUGAUGGGCAUACUGUGAAGAAACCAAUCAAAUGUUCUGCCCCAAAAUACAUUGACUAUCUUAUGACUUGGGUGCAAGACCAACUUGAUGAUGAAACACUUUUUCCUUCUAAAAUAGGUGUGCCGUUUCCGAAAAACUUUCUUUCAAUAGCAAAAACUAUUUUGAAGAGAUUAUUCAGAGUAUAUGCACACAUAUAUCAUCAACAUUUCACCGAAGUUGUGCAAUUGGGAGAGGAAGCUCAUUUAAAUACAUCAUUUAAGCAUUUCAUUUUCUUUGUGCAGGAAUUCAAUUUGAUUGAUCGCAAAGAACUUGCACCUCUUCAAGAGCUGAUCGAGAAGCUGACUGCCAAGGAAGGCCGAUGAAGUUUCUGUCUAUUCUUUGGAGCCUUUCGUUUGAUGUGCAGCACUUGUGAUGCAAUUCUGUUGUAAUUGAAAUUGUUACAUAAGGUUCUUGUUGAAUAGUCUGUUGGGAAAACAUGUGAUGUUAUGAUGAGGCCCUCGAAUUUUUUUACAUAUGCCUCUCUACAGUUUACAUAAGUAACUAGCAGGUUGUAGGUGGCAUUCUAUCAAUGCCUUUAUUUUAUUAUUGUAACAUAUGCUCCAUUCUGUUAGCAUCGAACAGCUAACAUUUUCUCUAUGGAUAUUGAGAAACAAAUCUCAUUUUUAUUCAAAUUUGUAAUGAUAAGAAGAAUGUGAAUUGGUAAUAUAUAUUUUUCUAGGGAUUUACAGAAAAAUUCUAAUAUUUGUUUAUUUAAUGAAACCAAUUUGGCCUGGGAUGAACAGAAAAGUUUUUCAUUUCAUUUGUAGGACUAUAGGGAGGUUAUAAAGUGGAAGUUAUGUGAUACGUGGCAAUUUAAUUUUAUUUACCAAAGACUUUGUAUGACUAUCUGGCCAGGAAUGAUCUGGGUAUGAAAGUUUUUGUGGGUUCCUUUUAUUUAUGACAUUAUUAUAAGGUUUUUGUUGGAAGAUGAGGUUUGCUCCUCAUGAUGAGUUUAUGUAGCAGAAUAGUUAUUUAUUUCCUUAUAGAUUUUCUGCGAAUUUAUUGACAUCUCAAAAUGCCAGCUUUAUAGUUUUUUGCUGAGUUGAGCUUUAUAUAGCCUGCUGAGUUUUAGUUCAAAGUUCAAAUUAAGCUUUUAUUUUGUUCCAACAUUACAAUUUCAAAAAUUUGUAGUCAGGUUGUAUGUUCUUUACAGUGUAACAUAUUCCAUUACGAAAUGGAAGAUGAUAUUGCAAGGAUCUCCUGUGAGAAUGUAUGGUCCUUAUUUUUACUUUUUUACUUAGGUUUUAAGAAAAUAUUUUAUAUCAAAAACUUUUGAUAAUGUGACAUUUGAAGUUAAUUAAAAAUGCAGUAUAAUUCAUUGAGUUUGGCAACAAGUCAUGUUGAUUGUAUUGUUCUCGUAUUCUAAUUUAUAAAUCGUGUAAUUUCAGUAUGAAUGUGUGAUAUUUUUUGUUAAAUGCAAUUUAUAUGAAAUCACCUUGAAAUAUGUUGUGAAUGUGAUGUAUGAACUUGUUUCAUUGUAAUUCACAUUGAAACAUAAUUUACAAACUUUGUUGAAAUAUUCAGUCUUUGACUGCUACUGUUAGUUCACUUAAAUAAUGUAGACAUCCAAAACGGAAGGAUAAUUUUUCAGUAUUUUCUCAAGAAAUAUUACACUUAAGCCCUUAUUGUAUCAUGACUUUCUUGUGAAAUAUUUUGAGAAGUUACAAUGUCAGAUUAUGCUGUAUCAACAUUCCUUCCAUGUGUUGCAGGGUACUUGAAUAGAAGAAGUGGUCAUUAUUUCACUAGAUAAUUGUAUCAAUUUCUUCUGAGCUGUGUAGGUUGGAGGAUCAUAAUCAUAUAUUGCUUAAUUUCACACACGCUUGAGCUAGUUCCAGCUUAUGUUCACUACGUCGCUACUGAUUAAUUGUUAUUUGUGGCAUGAUGUUGUUGUGUUAAUGGUUUUCUCUAUUGUCGUCACAUUUAGUAAAUUACUGCUGCUUGUACAUAAUGUAUUUAUUUACAGAGAUCUUAUGUGAUUGUUGUGUGUAUAGCUUAUGUGAAGCAAAAUCAUGAACAAUGGAAAGUAUUCUAGAUUGGCAUGUUUAUUUGGCUUGAACUGUGUGUUGGGACUGUGCUUUAUUCUCUCAUUCGUCCAUGUAAUUCUCAUACGUUACUGGAUGUAAAUGAUCUUGUGCUUCAAGAAAUUCUGUAGAUAUAAAGGAAGAUUUUUUAAUUACAUUAUUAUAAUUAUUAUUUAAAAAACAAAUUUAAGAUCUGGAUUACAUGUUGUUAAGAGAACACAGAGGCAAAGUGACAAGUUAUUUAGAUGGUGCUGAAUAUUUGCUUUUUCAAGAAAUAGUAUAAAAGAAGCAAGAAGAUUAAGCUAAGGAUACCAGAUUGUAACCUAAUUUUUCAUCUUUGCUCCUGUACUUCUCUUGACCAUUAAAGUAAGAGAGAAAGUAAAAUAUUUAUUUGUUAUUCAUUUAGUUGGAAUGUAGAUCAUUGACUCUAUUAUUAAGUAGCAUAAUAAUUAUUUGUACUAUUGUCCAGAAGUUCUGUUUGUUUAUAAAGGCAAAUUAAAAGAUUAGAUUUUCACAACUCAAAAAUGGUCACAAUUUAGACAAAUGAGGCAUCAAUGUGCACUAGGCACUCUUACACAACAUAAAACCAUGCCCACUAGUGAAAAUGUAUUCUCGGAAGGGAGGAUCUGUACUCUGAUAUAGAUUUGUUCGGGCAGUUUCAUGAAGUGGCAAAUUAAACUGGAUAUUAUGUGACACUUCCUAUUCCUGAAAACAGCAUGAUAUAAUAGUCUUGACUUUUCUGCUACCAAAACUAUUAAUCAUAAUUAGUUGUUGAUUAAAUAUUAUUUAUUGGUUAUAAUUAAUAGUUAAUUAUAAUGCAAUGAUUAUAAUUAAGUAUUAAUUAUAAUUUUCUGCCAUUUAAAUAAAUGAGACAUGAGAAUGAAUGUAUUUUCAAGUGUGUGUUUUCAUUUACACAUGCAUAUUUUAUUUGUAAAUUCCAGUUCAUCUUGUAUCUUUGAAACUAAAGAAUUUAAAAUUUUUCAAAAUACUUGAGAUUUCUGAAGAAUUUUUUUGUGAAGGCGCUCCAUUUUUUUGCACCAACCUUCUUGACCUGACAUUAUCUGGGCAUGCCUGAGUUACUAAUGCUUUCAUUUCAAAGUAAUGGCAAGCAGCAUAUGCUUUAAAUUUGGCUUGGAAGCUCUCUUUCCUGCAGACUUGGAAUGUAAGUAGAUGAGAUUUUUAAACAUGGAUUGUAGCUUCUCCUUGAGAUCACCACUGAGCAGUAAGUCUUACAUCUCCUUUCUGCAUUGAAAAUUAAAUCAUUAUCUCUGUGUUAUUCAGAAACAGGCUUCAUAAGCCCAGAAAAAUGGUACAAGAACCAAGAUGGUCUCAAGUGUUUCCAUCGAUAUUUAUCUAGCAGUACAGCAACAAGUUGGACACAAGGGCUACCUCAUUGUGACAUACGAAGAGCAUGUGGGAAUUUGCCUCUAGGAAUGUUACAAGGUCCAUCAUGCUUGCACAGCCAUUAUGGCUGUGCAAACUUGUAUCCACAGUGUAGUGCCCAUUUAUUACUUAAAAGCUUAUUAUUUUUCAGUUUUAUAUUAUUUAAACAAUCACAGCAGUUGUGCUGAGAUGACAGGCUUACAUGUGUAUAUGAGAAAGUAAUACUGGGCACAGUUGAGUAAAACCAUUGGGAGUAUUAAGUACUUAAUUAUUAUCCUAUACAAACCUUUUUUACUGCUUUUGUUUAAACAAUAAAUGCAGUUAUCCUGCCAUGACAUGUGUACCUACUUGAGAAAGUAAAAAUGGCCACAGCCAGAUAAAACCAACAUAUUUAGGAAUAUUUAGUACUUAUUUAUGGUUAACUAGCUGACCCAGCAAUUCUUCACUAUUGCAGUGUGUGAAAUAAAUACAACUCAAAACAAUUAAUUUAUUCAUUGAAGAUUAAAUACACUUUACUAUAUUACUCUACACUUUAAAAAUCAAAUAUUUGAAUACUGUUGUACACCGCCAGCAUUUGAUUUAGAUAUCCUGUGAUCAUAGUUCAAAAAGGUGUAUGUAGAUUGCACUUCUAACAAGGUCCCCUGAGGACAGCACAGAGCCCAAAUCGAUUAACUUUGCAAAAACUAUGGCCCUACAUGCCCAAUUUAAUUCAAAUUGCUCCUUAAAUACUCCUGUUAUUAGUUAAAAAUUGUUAGUAUUUCAGCAAAAUCGGUCAAGUAGUUUGUAUAUCUAUAUGCGACAGACUUUCAUAUGUUCUCUUUUAUUUAUAUGAAGAUUUAUUACCUCCUAAAUUAUUUUUACUCUUGCCAUAAAAUGCAGUUGUGCUGGCUUAUGCAUCAACCUUUCACAACCAAAUAUAAAAAAGCCUCCCCCUGGUAUCAACAUGCUGCAAAAUGGGGUGGAACAUUUCAACUGCAUCAGGCUAUGGUGAGGAGGAAACUGGCAACAUAUUCAUUUUGUGAACAUUUUUAAUUUGAACAUUUUAUUCAAGAAAUAAUUGUAUGGUAGCUUCUCCACGAUUUUGCAUAGACUAAAGC